GUUAAACCAAUGUCCAGGAGAUUUCACAACCAUCCUUCCUCAACCUCCUCGCGAGUGCGGUUGUCUCUUCACACCAUAUUCAGUCAUAACCUUCUCCAUCGAUCAACACCGAAGAAUCCAAGUUCAAGCGCCAUGAGCUCCCCAACGGUGUCUUCGUCAUCCUCUUCUGUCCGACCUUCGCCGAGUGCAUCCUACAGCAGCUUCAGAAGCCCGAUCCGGGAGCUCAAUACCAACGCGUCACCCGUCUUCGGUACCUCGUAUGAGUCAAGCCCUACAAGCUAUAAUUAUAUUCGUCGACAGCCGUCGGCGAUCGAUCUUGCUUUGGAAGCAGAAAAAUAUGCCGACCACGCAGAACUCCUUGGACUCGGGCUUCUGGAACCGAGACCCAGAGCAAAUACCACGUCGACAACAUCCUCUUCGCAGUGUUCAAUGAUUGAGUUUAUGCAGGAGACGAUGCAGACACCGGUGGUUUUGGACGGGAUCUUCGAAGUGUUGGAACGGGCAUAA